AUGGAUACUAACAAUCCAGAAUCAGGAAUGAACCCAGGCGCUCUUAGUGCCGAAUCUACAGCAAACCCAGGCACUUUUAGUGCCGAAUCUGUAACUGCUCUUCUCAACCAACUCUCUGCUCAACUUGGACGCAACAAUGGAACCUCAAACCCAAGCAUUGAUCAGAUCAGUCCUUACUUCAUUCAUCCGUCUGAAAACCCUGGUUGGAUUAACUUGUCUCUGAGUUCAGAUAUUUCACGAAGUAUAAUGUGGAAUAAUCUAGCUUAUGAGAUAUGGAGUGAAUUGCGAAGAAGAUACUAUCAUGGUGAUAGGUUCAGAAUAGCUAAAUUGAAGGAAGAAUUUCCAAAAUGCUCCUGUGGUCUUGGAGUUAUUCGAUCAUAUAGAUCUGAGGGAUGUGUGGUGAAAUUUCUACGGGGGUUAAAUGAUCAAUUCUCAACUAUACGUUCACAGGUCAUGAUGAUGGAGCCACUACCCAAUCUUGAUUCUACUUUUGCCUUGCUCACACAACAAGAAAGGCAACUUGGCUUUCAUGGAGAAGAAUCUCAAAUACUUCUCAAUAUUGCACAACACAAAUCUCCACAAGGAACCAAUUCCAACAAAGGAUCAGAUUCUACUAAGAGUGAUAUUGUUGCUGCUAAUCGACAAGGCAGAGGAAAGAGCAGAACAUAUAGAGGUAAAGGAUCGGGUAGAGGAAAAAUUGUUUGCACAUAUUGUGGAAAGCUUGGACACACAAUAGAUGUUUGCUAUAGGAAACAUGGUCUGCCACCACAUCUGAAGGAGAGAUAUAAUAGUGGUGGUGCUGCAACAUUCAAUUAUGCAGCCACUGAUGAACAUGCUGAUGAAGACAGUGCAGAUCAGAAGCAGCAAAGAAGUGACGAGCAAUGCUUGGAAUUCACUCAAGAUCAGAAGAUUGCUUUACUAGCUCUUCUUCAGCGCAAUGAGUUACAGUCCAUCCACAGCACCAACCAAAUAGUUGGCCAAACUCCAGCAAUGAGAGGUAACACUAACCAAGUGAUUCAACUAUUGCAUUUUAAGUCACAUGUUUUGGCUGAGAGAAGUGGUGAUGAAACAGAAAAGUCAAAAUCUUGGAUCAUUGAUAUAGGAGCCACUAACCAUGUAUCAUAUUAUCUUCAAGAUUUUAAAACUUACCAUCAUAUUCCUACAAUUAUAGUUAAGCUUCCAAAUGGCUCCUACACCACAAGCAACAUCAUAGGAACAGUUAGAUUUUCUGAUUUACUUUAUCUUACCAACACAUUAUACAUACUUAGCUUUAACUAUAAACUUAUUUCUGUUUCAUCACUUACGUCAAAUUUAAAAUGCAAAUUGGAAAUAAUUGACACAAUGUGUGAGAUACAGGAUUCAUCAAAGACGAGGAUUUGA